CAGGACUGUAUAAAAGCAAUGAAGAUGACACGCCGUUAAACACGCAGGAAAGAUGCGGGGCUUAAGUUUGCUCCUGUUCAUAACUGUGGCUGGUGAAGCAACGACUGACCUUUUCGUGACCGUAGCAUCACUCCCGCCAGAGCUGGAGGUAAGCGCUGCACCUGCCGGCACAUCCCCCGUCACCGCUCGCCAUAUUCCCGGACCCGGAGAGUAUGGACAUCCCGGGAUCGCGCUCGCGCGGUCUGAGGAGGAACCGGCGGUGCCGAGCACGGAGGACGGAGAGUCGUCUCAUCCCCACGGAGGAGGAGGAGGAGGUUACGAGAUAGUGCAGUGGGAAUGGAGCUACGUGAAGACACCUUACAUUAUAGCCAGCUGGCUCUUGGUGGCCAGUGUGGCGAAAAUACUUUUCCACUGCUCUCAGCGUUUCACCACAGCGGUCCCAGAGAGCUGUAUGCUGAUUCUGCUGGGUCUGGUUCUGGGUGCAGUGGUUCUUAUCGCCAGCAAGAAGCAGACGUACCAACUGGACCCAGGACUUUUUUUCCUCUUUCUCCUGCCGACUAUAGUUGGGGAUGCUGGGUAUUUUAUGCCAGCACGGCUCUUUUUCGACAACUUGGGUGCCAUUUUGAUGUAUGCUGUGGUAGGCACACUGUGGAACGCCUUCUGCACUGGAUUCUGUCUCUAUGGAGUCAAGAUGGCAGGAGGCAUAGAUGAAAAAGUGAAUGCGGGUUUGAUGGAUUUCUUGUUGUUUGGCGCUCUGAUCUCGGCUGUGGAUCCUGUAGCUGUGAUCGCUGUGUUUGAAGAAGUCCAUGUGAAUGAGACACUCUUCAUCAUUGUCUUUGGCGAGUCACUGCUCAAUGAUGCUGUCACUGUGGUCUUAUACAAAGUGUACAUAUCCUUUGUGGAAGCGGGACCAGGAAAUGUUUACACUGCAGACUAUUUUAAAGGAAUUGCAUCCUUCCUCAUAGUCAGUAUUGGAGGGACUUUGGUUGGGCUCAUCUUUGCCGUCAUUCUGGCCUUUGUCACUCGUUUCACGAAGACAGUGCGCAUCAUAGAGCCACUGUUCAUCUUCCUGUUGGUUUACCUGGCCUACCUGACGGCAGAACUCUUCUCUCUGUCAGCUAUUCUAUCGAUGACUUUCUGUGGCAUUGGCUGCAACAAGUAUGUGGAGGCCAAUAUAUCCCAGAAGUCCCGGACCACUGUGAAGUACACCAUGAAGACCCUGGCCAGCAUUGCAGAGACGAUCAUCUUCAUCUUUUUGGGUAUCUCAGCUGUGGACAAGUCCAAAUGGGCCUGGGACACUGGCCUUGUCGUCAGCACCCUCAUAUUUAUCUUAGUCUUCAGGGCUGUGGGUGUUGCGGGGCAGACUUGGUUCCUGAACUGGUUCAGGCUGGUUCCUCUGGAAAAGAUCGAUCAAGUGGUGAUGUCAUACGGCGGUCUCCGAGGUGCUGUUGCCUUUGCUCUCGUGGUACUUUUAGAUAAAGAACACGUGAAGGCUAAAGACUACUUUGUGGCAACAACCAUAGUUGUGGUUUUCUUCACAGUCAUGUUUCAGGGUUUAACCAUCAAGCCUUUAGUGAAAUGGUUGAAAGUGCCUCGCAGCACAAACAGAAAACCCACCAUUAACGAAGAGAUCCACGAGCGUGCCUUUGACCACAUUCUGACGGCUGUGGAGGACAUUGCCGGUUUGAAUGGAUACCAUCAUUGGAGAGAUAAGUGGGAGCAAUUUGACAAGAACUAUUUGAGCAAGCUGCUUUUGAGAAAGUCUGUGUACCAUAAGAGUGAACUGUGGGAGGCCUAUCAGAAAAUCAACAUCAGAGAUGCCAUCAGUGUCAUUGAUCAGGGUGGGAAUGUGUUGACCUCUGCUAGACUCUCUCUGCCUUCCAUGGCUAGCAGAACCUCUUUUCCAGAGUUCACAAAUGUUACAAACUACCUGAGAGAGAAUGGCAGUGGAGUGUGUCUAGACCUCCAGGUGAUUGACACAGUGCCAGGAGCCAAAAUAGAGGAAGAGCUUGAGACACAUCAUGUUCUUGCUGAAAACCUCUACAAACCCAGGAGACAGUACCAGUCUCACUAUAGUCGGCACUUCAUGACAGUGGGUGAAAAAGAGAGACAGGACAGGGAGGUGUUCCAGAGGAAUAUGCACAACCGUCUGGAGUCCUUUAAAUCCACUCGCUACAAGCGCCACAAGAAGGACCGCAGUCAGAAAAAGCAUAAAGGGUCAGAUGCUAAAGAGCAAGACACCAGUGACAAACCACGCCGAAAUGUCAGCUGGCAGGACAGAGACCCAGUUGUGGUUCCAAUGGCGCCUGAGGAGGAUAUACAUGAUCCUUCUGAACCAGAUAAAGAUGAGGAUGUAGGCAUCACUUUUGUGGCUCGCAAAGCCCCAGAAACACCAAAGGAGAGACCAAAAUCAGUACCAGCUGCACUGGAUGCUUGUCAGAGCCCAGUCGCAGCCCCUCCAUCGCCAACAUGUGGAGAGAAAAACCUGCCGUGGAAAUAUGGCAUGGGUUCCCUCCCUCCCUGUGUGUCUGUGGAGGCAAAUAAAAUUAUCCCUAUAGACCUGCAGCAAGCUUGGAACCAGAGCAUCUCCUCUCUGGAGAGCCUGGCUUCUCCUCCAGAGCCUCAGCACCCACGUGUUAGCGCCCUCUCGAGGCUGGGAGGACCUGUGCGGACCUCUGCAAAUGGAAAAAGUGGCGGUGGUGUUGGUGCAGGAUCAGGAAGUAAUAUAGGUUCCCCAAGUUCAGGGCAGUUCAAGUUCCCUACAGCGAAGGAGGAAGAGGAGGAAGGUGCCCUCUCGCAGCAGCAGCAGGAACUGCAGGCCCUAAUGUCUUCUUUGACGCCGCCACCUGCUACGCAAUCUGCCGGAAAGAGAAGGAAUCCUUGUGUUUAUCUUAGAAGUCUAGUGACAGUGCCACCUUCUGGUGGGGAGCCACAAAGCAGGAGGCCGACCCAAUUGUAAAAAUGAUCUCUUUCCUGUUUUAUCUUUUUAUGACCCUCGAUCAUCUUACAUUUACCUCCUUAGGCCAGACUUAUAAGUCAGUAAAUUCCUUUCUAAGAGACUAUUAAUUUGUUGUGCUUAUUUUAAUGCUAAUAGGUUACAUGGGUUGGUAGAGUUAGCCGAGGGUCCAUUUUCUUUGUACACACACCUUAUAUAUACUAUUAUUAUACACCUUUGCAUAUGCGAUUGUCAAAAUGUACAACUAAUGAACAUGUAUAAGGCUAAACCACAUUCCAAAGGCCUACUGGGUGUGUCUGUCAAACUGUCCUCCCUUAAUCAUUCACUCGGAUGAAUCACUUCAUGGUUACUCUUAACUUCACAGUGUAAACCUUCAAUCAGCCUGUCCAUCUUAAAACAAGAAUGAGUACUGAGGACUUCCCUUUUCAGACUGGGAUGACAAAGUAACACAUUUUCUUACAGCAAAUCACAGAAAGCACAUGAGGUUAGGGCCACAUGUCUUCAGGCUCUAAAAUAUGCAUAAGAAAUUCACACCCUCAACUUUGGGUGACAAAUAACCCAUUGUCAUCAGGACCAUUUACAGUAUGCUGUGUACAGGAUAUUUAUACGUUUCUAUGCAGCACAUGACCUCUCGUCUGUUUUAGAGUUUAGCAAAAAAAAGAGCAAGGUGUCUUAAUUUAUUUUCUAUUUAUGUAUUAUCUACAUGCCUUUAAUGCUUUUCUUUCUGAAUAACAAGGUUUUGCGAAUCUGCAUUUUAAUGUACAAGAUAUUCAUAGCUGUUUUUAAAACAAACAUGGAUAAUGUUAAUGUUUAUUUUAAAAUUUUUGCCCAUCAUUACUUAAUUUUUUUAUGAUAAUAUAUUUAUAUCAUUAAUAGUAAUUUAUGGAUCAUCAGAAUUGUAUGUGCUUAAUCAAUAGUAGGGGCCUGGAAACUCGCUGUGUAAAUCUUGUACCUAAUAACAUUGUAGGUCCGAUGUGAUGCAAAACGUCUACAGUAAUAAUUUACAGAGAAUGCACAGACUCAUCUAUAUAAUCUAAUGCACUAAUUUUAAUGAGGUUUAGCUUAAUCAGCCGUAUGCAGGCAUAAUGACUUGAGAUGGAUAUACAUUUUGUUUCUAAAAUUGCUUUUAAUAUGUCUGACAAUGACUAAAACAUACAAACAUAUUUAUGUUAACUCCAAGUCAGUUGCUCUAUACCAAAUGUCUUCAUCCUUUAAUGUUCUUAUUGUACCAUACAAUGGAAUAGAAAUUCGGUUUUGCACUUUAUAGUGAAAGCCAUUUUAGCUCAGUUGUACCUACAGUAUAGUGCUGUUGAACCUGUUUUCCCAUUGUUUUGUAUUGCUGUGUAAUUCUAAUGUAUGCAUGUACUGAUGAUCGGAGUGCCUUGAGAGGGACGUGCUAGAUGUUGAGAAAGAGGCCUUGUUGAUCUAUUGUGCCUGUAAACGGUAUGGAGUGCCUCAAUGCUACUGUCUUACCUGAACUUGUCACAUUAGCAGAAAUAUUACCCCAGUCAUUUGACCCCAUAGAAAUUGAAUUGGAAUUAAAUAAUCUAGCCAUUUAAUUCAAGUGGAAUUUUAAGCUCUUUUAUCCCAUAUGUGUUUAUUUGUGUAGGCAUCUAUAUAAGGUACCUGUGCGCCAAAUAUUGACUUGGAAUAGCUUCAUGGAAUAAAGUUAACAUAAGAGAGGACAGUGCUUUUGAAUUAACCCAGUGUUUAUCUCGUCAUUUCAUAUUAAUUUAUCUUUUCAAUGUUUAGACAAAAACAUAUUUAUAUAUUCCAGUCUGUGUCAUAUUAAGCUGGGUUUUUCAUCUGUUUUAGGGCAGACCCUCAGGAGGCCCAGUGAAGGGAACCUUUCGGUGAAUAAUGAAGUUAAAGCCCCCCUUCAAUCCAGGAGUCCCUGUGGUUUAGGCAGGGCUUCCCUAGACUGUUUUCAAAAGACUACAGCGCAUUUAUGUGCUAAUGUGCCAUUUUCUCUUCCUCAAGCCCUGAAACAGAUCUCAGUCAGCGAUGAAGUCACUGGCGAGAGAACAAAAGUUAGAUCUGAAUGUGGGGACUUUAAUCCGAUUCCACCUAGUGAUUUUUCCCUCCUGACUAAAUAUCAGGGUUUUA